AUGAUAUGCUUCCGAGUUGUCACACGAGGCGAUUACCCCGAUCUGGUCAGAGCUAAUGUGGCCAAUCAUAUAGAAAAAUGUCUUAGAGUUGGUCUCAAUAAUUUUAUCGUAGAAAUAGUAACGGAAAAGUCGAUGUCUUUUAUAACAAACAAAUAUAUUAAAGAGAUUAUUAUACCAAAACAUUAUGAAACAAAAAGUGGGGCUAUAUUUAAGGCACGAGCCCUUCAAUAUUGUUUGGAUAUUGAAGACAAAGAUAUGUUGGAUGAUAACGAUUGGAUCGUACAUUUAGAUGAAGAAACUAUUAUGAGUGAAGAUGCUAUUAAAGGUAUUGUCAACUUUGUGUGCAAUGGAAAGCAUGAUUUUGGACAGGGAGUCAUUACAUACGCUGAAAAUGGUAUUCAUAAUGUGUGGACAACAUUGAUGGACACAAAUCGUGUGGCCGAUGAUAUGGGAAAAGUUAAAUUUCAGUUCAAGUUUUUCAAUAAACCAGUGUUUAGUUGGAAAGGUUCAUAUUUUGUGUGUCGAGCAAAGGCUGAGCGCACCGUUACCUUCAAUCACGGUAUAGACGGUUCCAUUGCUGAAGACUGUUAUUUUGCACUGAAAGCCUACCAAAUUGGUUAUACAUUUGACUGGAUUGAGGGUCAGAUGUGGGAACAGUCGCCGUUUACUAUCAAAGAUUUUAUACGACAACGAAAACGAUGGAUGCAAGGGAUAUAUUUAGUCUUACUCUCGCCGGACAUUCAUUUCAAAUACAAAAUAUGGGUCGCAAUGACUUUUCAUGUUUGA